AUGUUCAAGAAAGCUUCCAUCGCAGCAUAUAAAAAUUUCAAGAAAUUUAAGUACAAAGGGCCAUUUGGAAUGUUUAUAUCACGAAUAAAACAUCCAAGAGACGAAAAAGUUCUGAAAAGAUUGAAGGAGCAUUUCAAUGAAGCGUAUAACUUUCAAAAAUUAUGGAAACUGUUUUUAUCACACAGACGAUGGAAGGAUUUUGAAAACAAUCCAGAGUGGAAAAAAGAUAAAUCAAGAUUUUUAAAUAUAAUAAAUUCAAAAGAAUGUUAUUUGGGCAUUACGAAUCAAGUUUCUGAUUCCAUUCUGCGGUAUUUUUUAUUCAAACAACUUCCAGAAGACUGUAAACAGAAAUAUGUAAAUUUAUAUCAAAAAAGAUAUAGCAUAACACCAUUUGAAGGAUUUUCUAAACAGUAUAUUCAAGUAAAGAAACCAAAACCGAUAGUAAAAACCGCCUUUAUUUUAUGGAUGAAUUAUUAUCUGAAAAACAACGUUUCAGUUGAGAUCUUAGAACUUGACAGUUUUGAAUUAGCUUUAAAAAUGGGGGAUGUUUGGAAUAACUUGGCUAUCGAAGAAAAGUAUAAAUGGCAACAAUUAGCAAAUGAAGAUAAGCUUGUAGCCAGAAAGAAAAAUCCAUCAGAGAGACACAACACUAAAGAUAUAUAA